CGUAUUUCAAUUGCCGUGGGUUGGUUGGAUUGCAUGAGUAUCAAGUUUUUUCAUAUAUGCUGCAUGAAAAAGCACGAAAUAAAUACCAAAACCAUUAAUUUAGCAUUCUCUGUUUUGUAGUGUACACUUUGGCUUUGUCGUUGCUUUGUAAUUUGAUCUUUGAUCCCAACAACGAAAUGUCAAGUCACAGUGCUUCAUGCUCAAGUGACAUUUCAGUCGACCUUACCGAUGCCUUUCGAAGUAUGAUACUUGACAAGCGUUUCGUGCUGUGGGAUGAUUUUGAAAGCGCCUUAAAAGAGUUCCAAAAAGUAUGGAAUUAUAAUUUUAUCGCUUCUCAGACUACUUAUACUCGUUACAUCCACACGGAAAGCAGACUGCUGAAGGAUGUCAGGUUUAAAUACCUGUUCGUAACGUUUAAUUGUACGUUUGGCCAUAAACGGAAAUCGGAAGGUUUGAAAGUGAACCAAAAAUCGUCUAAAUUCCGUAAUUGUCAAUCUAAAUUCCGUGUAAGAUUAGAGGAGCAAGGAUAUGUCAUCAAAUCCUACAACAUGCUCCACAAUCAUCCAUGUAGUAGUUCAUGGAUGGUAUGUGAUCCAUGGACAAGGAGAUUAUCAUCAGAAGAAAAAGAGAACUUGAAGCCCGUAAUACUUCACUGUGAGUCAGCAGAUGAAGUUAUCGAAAGUAUUAAGGAGAGAACUGGUAAGCAAGUAACUGCUGCCGAUGUCAAAGGUAUGAGAGCUACACUCUCAACUGGUAAGUGUAUAUAAAUAUAUUUCAGGUUGUUUUACUCGGAAGCAGGUGAUGGAUAUGCUGAGACAGAAAGGCGAAGUGAGAGAACAUUUAGAAAAUGGAUAUACCACGAGAAUGUGCUUCAGUAGUUAUGACCAAAUACAACUGUACAGGAA